UGAUUUUUUUUAACCGGUAAAUCAUUCAAUGCAUGUAGACGAGCUUCCACCCCCACCCCCAGGGAUCCGGGAUAGAAUAGCUCCUCAGUACCCCACCCCCGGGGAUCCGGGAUAGAAUAGCUCCUCAGUACCCCACCCCCGGGGAUCCGGGAUAGAAUAGCUCCUCAGUACCCCACCCCCGGGGAUCCGGGAUAGAAUAGCUCCUCAGUACCCUACUCCCGGGGAUCCGGGAUAGAAUAGCUCCUCAGUACCCCACCCCCGGGGAUCCGGGAUAGAAUAGCUCCUCAGUACCCCUUGCGUGUCGUAAGAGACGACUAAAUGAGGCAGUUCUUCGUAUGAGACCGCAAAAACCGAGGUCCCGUGUCACAGCAGGUGUGGCACGAUAAAGAUAGGACGUACAGUCUAGUCAUUGUAAGGCUCUUGCAGCCAGGCCCUUUUUAAAAAAAUUACCCAAAUCUACAAAGCGGUUCAAAUAAUUAGGGCCUCUUUAUCAAUUUUGAAAGCUUCAAGAAAAUCGACCGAGUGUUGUAAAAUUUGUUUUUUGCAAAGUUCAUUGCUAUAUUAACGCACUUUUUAAAAAAAAUUGAAGAACCACCCCAUUUCGUCGGCGACAAGCAAAGGAUACGGAAGACCUAGCUAAAUUAGGUUCCUACGGGACCAAAAAAAUAAUGGUAAAGGGAGCGGAGAGAGAAAAGCAGGAAGGGGAGAAAAAAGGACCUAGGACAGAAACACGGAGGAGGGAAAGGGGGCGGGAAGAGGGAGAGGUGAACACGUUUGGCUACACCAUUCAUGCCUAUAGUAGCACAUUCUCUCACCAGAGGGCGCAUUACGUAAGCUGUCAACGCUUGGAAUCACGUGACAAUAUAAUCACAUGAUAUAAACAGUCAUUCUCGUUUUCUUUCCCUUUCAAGUUCUGGCAACAAGUGAUACAUCAGACUCUUUUCAUAGCCCACUGGCACUUUGAUAAGUAUAUAUUUACUAUUUAGCUGUUUAUCUCUUAUUCUACAAGUUUUAUCGUAUUUUUACAGCCUUUCUUACUUUUGAUUGCAUAUUUACAUUUAAAUCUCCACCACGUGAAUGUCAUACAUUCAUACACAUAACACGAACGUCUUGAGUCAAACUCAAGGGCUAUAUUUUACUCAAACCUGAGAAUUUUUCUCAAACCAUUCGAUUUGUCGCUGUGAUUUCAAACUCCCCGUCGAGGCCUCAUUACGUCACCUACGAAUAGCAAACGAACUCUGGUGGAAGUUUGACUUCACCGCAUAUCGUAACGUAGUGCAGUAGGCUGUGACGUCAUAGCUAGAGUUUGGUUUGUAACGAACUCUGGCGGAAGUUUGGCUGUGUUUUAUGACAUCACAAUGACGUCAUGGUGAUUAUGAUGUCAUAAUGGAGUGAGAUAUACUAAAUCUCCAUCACAUUUACAAGAAAAUGGCGAAACUUUUAAGAAUUUUUCGAGGAGUAGAUUUUAAAGAUGUUGGAAAUCAAGCAACCCAGGUAGACUAUGCUCAAAUAUUCAGUUGUUUGCAGGACAUGGCAAAAAAUAACAAUGAUCUUCAAAGCGUAUAUCAAUCUCUAAAGAAAAAUAUCAUGUAUACCAAAGAAAAACUUCAAUACUCUGAGGAUUUGAUCGAGAUGAUAGAAGAAAAGGUUGAAAGUGUGGACGAAUUGCUGGAGCGAUUUCAUAGGACGUUUUGCGCCGAGGAGGAAGCACUGCAACAGAAAAAGGAAAAGCUCAAGAAAAUGAGAGAAGAUGUUGCUGAUUCUAAACUCCGUCUGCUGUCUAUGAGGAAGCCAGAGAUGCAAAAGUACGUCAAAUUAGCCAGAGACAAAACUGUCCCGAGUAUAGUAGGCUUUGUCCGCAAGGAACGAGAAGAACUUGAACACCGGCUUAUCUCCGCCAAUGCUGAUGUAAAUGAUUACAUAGAGCGAAACAUGGACGACCAACAGGCGUGCUCAGGUAUACAGCGGUACAGAGAAACACUGCAGAAGGACCACACCGACUACAUGCUGCAAAUCCUGAACGAGUACGGUCAUCUGAAGGGCAAACGCACCCUCCUUCUCCGGACACCAUUGUUUAACGGUAAUGAUGGGAAAAGUGAUCUGCUGGAAUUGUUCCAAGUAUCUAAGGAAGAAAUGGAAGCCACCAGGAAGGAAUGCAUUUCACUGAGGGAAAUGAAAGAAACUUUGACUGCACGAAUUGAAGAGCAGAAACAGACAAAAGCCGCCCUAACCGAGUCAAUCAGCGAGCUCCAUGCCAAGCUUCUAAAUGAAAGAGACAUGGAUGUUUUAUUGCCGAGCACUUCCUCUCAAAUAAGUGGACCACAGGAUGUUGGAUUGAAUGUCAUUUCUUCACUGUAAAUAAAUAAUUGAA